AUGUUGCCUCUGCUUGUCGGCGCGCAGGCACUGGUGGUUGCGCCUCCGGCCGCCGGACAGGAUGCGAUCCGAAGCCUGAUGACGAAGCACGAUCCGAUCCUGCUCUACGUUUCCAAGCUGCUUGAGCCGGACGUGGCGAGCGACGCCGGCGCACUCUACGCGUGGUGCCGCCGGCUCGAUGAGCUCGUGGACGACCCGGCAGUGAGCGGCGACCCAGCGACGACUGUCGCGCGCAUAGAUGAGUGGCGGCAGCGGCUGGACGAGCUGUGGGAAGGCUCUCCACGCGACGAUCUCGACGCGGCGCUGCUCGUGACGCUGCGGCGCAACCCGUCUCUCGGCGUGCAGCCGUUCGCCGACAUGCUCCAGGGCAUGCGCUCGGACGCGGUUCGCGCGAGGCGCGUCGAGACGGGCGUUCAGUACGCGUACCAGGUGGCGGGCACGGUCGGCCUGAUGCUGCUGCCACUGCUCGGCGUGAGCGAGGAGGAGGACGUGGCCGCGGCGCGCGGCCCAGCGAUCGCCCUCGGACAGGCAGCGAUCCAGCUGAUCAACAUUCUCCGCGACGCUCGCCCCGACGCCGCACUCGGCCGUAUCUACCUGCCGCGGGACGAGAUGGCGGAGCGCGGCGUCGACGAGGCCGCAGUCCUGGCGCUGCAAUGCACGCCCGCGUACCGCGGCCUGGUUGCGCACACCCUAGAAGCGGAAUAA